CCCGAUUUCGUGACAGCUGCUUGCCAGCUGUUCUAAGAGAAUGUUUAUAUGCCUCCCUUGACAGAGUUAUAACUUGUGUACGCGCAAAAUUCCAACCGUCUUAGCAAUCGUAUAUGAUCAAUCGUCUUACAUGCGUAACUACCUAGGGAUAUCAGCCAGUCGGGACAAGAGGGUCUGUGAAAUAACGAUGGGGUUUUCUGAUGAUACCUACCUAGGUAGGUAGGGGGAAUGUGCGAUUUUAUAUACUUUAUAUGAGUAGCUGAAGGGCUACAUGGCUCGAUAUCUUGCGAAUCACGAGCGUAUUGUUUGAACAUAGCUGGCUAUAGGGCUUCUUACGAGAUGGCAUCUACAGACAUCGGCAUCUUCCUUCCUACAAUCAAUGGCUGGAUUGUAUCGACAGCAGUACCGCAGCAGCUUUCUACGUAUGAGUUGAACAAGCAGGUCGUUCAGACGGCCGAAGCUUACGGAAUUGAUUUUGUGUUGACUCCUGUCAAGUUGCGUGGUCUCGGCGGCAAGUCUGGAAUCUGGGACGAUGGGCUGGAGGCUUUUACGGCCAUAUCCGCUCUAGCUGCCAUCACGUCUAGAAUCAAACUCUUCGCUUCUUCCGCUAUCCUCGCCCUACCUCCGGCUGUAGCCGCUCGUAUGGCUGCCACGAUCGAUUCUAUUGCACCGGGCCGCUUUGGAAUCAAUAUCGUCACUGGCUGGCUCCCGACCGAAUAUGCACAGAUGGGCCUUUGGCCGGGCGACGAAUAUUUCGGCUAUAGGUACGACUACGCCACUGAGUACGUGCAGGUCAUGAAGGAGCUAUGGAAGGAUGGCGUGUCGAAUUUCAAGGGGAAAUACUUCGAGAUGGAUGACUGCAAAUUGUCUCCCCGACCGAAAGAUGACGUGAAGAUUGUCGCAGCUGGCCAGUCCGGCAGAGGUAUCGAGUUUGCCUCCCAAAAUGCCGAAUAUAACUUUAUAUUCGGCCUUGGGGUCAACACCCCGACGGCGCACGGUGAAGUGGCAUCUCGCCUUGUGGAGGCCGCUGCCAAAGCGGGUCGUGAUGUUGGUUUGUACGUUCUGUUUUUGAUAAUUGCCGACGAAACAGACGAGGCAGCCCAGGAAAAGUGGAAGUUGUAUAAUGAAGGUGUGGAUACGGAGGCACUCGGGUUUGUGAAGUCACAAACCUCGAAGGACAGCAACAAUGCCGACCCUAAAUCCACGUCUGCGACAUUAUCGCUUCCGGAAGGCGCUAUUACUGUGAAUUUGGGGACCUUAAUCGGUUCGUACGAGAAGAUAGCCGGCAUGCUUGAUGAGGCCGCAGAAGUCCCGGGGACAAAGGGGAUCAUGUUUGUAUUUGUUGAGUGGCCGAAUGAUGUAGAGGUCUUCGGUCAGAAGAUUCAGCCACUGAUGGAGAGUCGCCGAGGUAGGAUCCAUGUUGAAGUCUGAUGAACGUGGAUAUGAUGUACGAGUGCCUAGCUGGCAUUGUUCUAGCCACGGCAGUUUGGUAAUUUGAUGGGCAUAUGAUAUCUUUGGAUCAAAAGGAAACGAGCUAGGACGCACAUGUCAGGUAGGUAAGCAAAUAUAUGAUCAUGAGCAAACUCUGAUGAAUCCCGCAUCCUGGGUCUUACAUAUUGGAGAAUUGGUCAUAUCAAUGGGAUUAGCGCGUUAUGCUUCAUGGGAUUUAUCGUGUCCGUAAAUGAAAAACCAGUGAUAUUCAUGAAGAUAUAUUUGUAGAGCGCUUGGCUAUCGAGUAGGUACUCAGGUACUUGAUGAGAGGAUUGGUACAUUUUUCGAAUAGUGUUAAAGGCCUCAGUAUUCUGACAUGUUUGCUCUAGAAAAGCAAGUAUUGUCUUCACCCAAUAACCCGAAACACACUUAUCGUG